UAAGGUUGUCUGCUCGAUGUAACUUCCGGACGUGUGUCUUCUGUUUGAUAGUAUGGCAUAUAAGGGUUUGGUAAUAAAGAAUAGUAUUGGAAUUUGUUUAUGUGGUGUAUUUGCUCGACUUUGACAGGAUUGGCCAAGAAACGUGAUAAACGUGAUCUCAGAAAGUAUUAUGUUCGUAAUUGGCUGCUAAAGGGCAUCGGGAAUAGUAGAAGUUCUUUUUUAGGAAAUGCGUUGUAUGUUCAUAUAUUAGUUCUGGGUAUUGUAUUUUAAUAUGCUUUCGUCAAUGGUAAAGGAACAUCAAGCAAAACAAGCUUCUAGAAAAGAGAAGCAAGAACAAAAAAGAAAAGAAGCAGUAGCUGCUGCCAAUAAUUUAACCCAAGCCCUUGUAGACCAUCUUAAUGUUGGAGUAGCUCAAGCUUAUUUAAAUCAAAAGAGACUUGAUGCAGAAGCCAAGCAACUUCAUCAUAGUGCAACAAACUUUGCCAAACAGACACAGCAGUGGGUUAAUCUUGUUGAAAGUUUUAGUGGAGCACUUAAAGAGAUUGGAGAUGCUGAGAAUUGGGCUCACAGCAUAGAGGGAGAUAUGAGGACAAUUACAAGUGCUCUAGAGUAUGCAUAUAAAGUAACUCAAGAAACAACAUAGUUUUUGUACAUUCACUACAUUUGUUUUACCAGGAAAGCUGUAAAUAUUGUACCUAGUUUUCAUCAACUUCAUGUUUUCCCUGUCAUGGUAAUUCAUUGGAAUAAUUAUGGUAUCAGUGACAAAUAAAUUUUUUUAUAAUUAUGAAAA